UAAUAUUUUCUUCUGUCUGUCUCUCACCCCUCCCUCACUCGCCCUACCGUCCUUCGAUCAACACCGCCGUUGACGAAGAAGACGACCGGAGAGAAUUUGAUCACCAACAAUCUUGCACAAAAUUUACGAGCGGCCCGGAGACUUGCUGCAGUUGAUCAGGAAGACGACCGGAGACGACUUGAAACGUUCGAUUUCGGUCCUUGACUACGAAACCCUGUCUUUAUGGAGACGUUUCUGAGGAACUGUGGCAGCGUAGGCCAUAUCGAGGAUGUGGUGGUUGACUCAAGAGCACGAGGUUUGGAACUCAGCCACAAGAUCAUGAGCUACUUGGCUCACCAUGCUCAAUCCAUGGGCUGUUACAAGGUGAUUCUUGAUUGUAGUGCAGAGAACAAGGGGUUCUACGAGAAGUGUGGGUUCAAAGAGAAGGAAAUCCAUAUGGUGCCUCUUUAUCUCCCCUGGAAAAUGGACUGCAAAUUAACUUCCUCAUCAGAUGCUAGCCAAGAAUUUCGGGUAAGAAGACUCCAAAUUCAAGAUAAAUCAAAGGGCUUCAUUGAACUCCUUCAACAACUGAGCCUCUGCGACUCGGUCUCCGACUCAGAAUUCGCCUCCCGAUUCCAAGAACUCACUGCCCUCGGAGAGGACCAUGUUGUUUGUGUCAUUGAAGAUGAACAGUCUCAUAAGAUCGUCGCCACAGGCAGUGUCUUUGUGGAGAAGAAGUUUCUGAGGAACUGUGGCAGCGUAGGCCAUAUCGAGGAUGUGGUGGUCGACUCAAGAGCACGAGGUUUGGGGCUCGGCCACAAGAUCAUGAGCUACUUGGCUGACCAUGCUCAAUCCAUGGGCUGUUACAAGGUGAUUCUUGAUUGUAGUGCAGAGAACAAGGGGUUCUACGAGAAGUGUGGGUUCAAACAUAAGGAAAUUCAGAUGGUAAUGUAUUUUUGACCCCUUUUUAUGAAAAUUUAGGAUUUUCAUAUCUCAUUAAUUUUAUUUAUUUCUUCAUAACGGUCUUGGAUUCAAAGGUAUGCUUUCUGAACCUUAGAUCUAAUUUAUCAUUUCCUUUUCCAAAA